AUAUGAUAUAUAAGCCUUGUUCUAUGAUAUAUGCACAGAUCACAGAGUAACCUCUGUCCAGCUCUGUCUGUACUUUGAACUUUUGAACAUUUGUUUGUGAUUCCCUUUAGGACGAUUUUUGGUUAUCUCAGGCAAUUAAGGGCGGACUUCCAGGAUGGCCAAAAACGCUUUGAUUAAAAUAAACUAUACCAAGUUGUUUAUCAAUAAUGAGUUUGUGGAUUCAUUGUCCAAAAAAACCUUUCCAGUAAUAAAUCCCGUCGAUGGCGAGGCGAUUGCCAAUGUAGCUGAAGCACAAAAGGAAGAUGUAGAUUUAGCAGUAGCGGCGGCUAAAAAGGCGUUUGCUAGAAAAUCGCCAUGGCGCAACCUAGAUGCUUCUGAUAGAGGAAAACUACUAAACAAGUUUGCAGACUUACUGGACAGAGAUACUAAAGAACUUGCAGAGUUGGAAACUUUAAAUUCUGGUAAGCCGCUAGCAGCUGUUAUUGGAGAACUAGAAGUUUAUACUAAAAUAUUGCGAUAUUAUGGAGGAUAUUGUGAUAAAAUUCAUGGAAAUACUAUUCCGAUUGAUGGAAAUGGAUUUUGCUUAACGCGAAAGGAGCCUGUAGGAGUAGUGGCUCAAAUCAUACCCUGGAAUUAUCCAAUUGGUAUGGCAAUUUGGAAAUUGGGUCCUGCACUGUGUAGCGGUUGCACUUUGAUCUUAAAACCAGCAGAACAAACACCUUUAACAGCUCUAGCAUUAGCUGCGCUGACCAAGGAAGCUGGGUUUCCCGAUGGAGUUGUAAAUGUUUUGCCAGGAUAUGGCCCUAUAACUGGAGAAGCCCUCUGUCUACAUAAUGAUGUUCGCAAAGUAGCUUUUACUGGAUCUACUGACAUUGGUCACAAGAUAUUGGAAUAUUCAGCAAAAUCCAACUUGAAACGAGUGUCUCUUGAAUUAGGAGGCAAAAGCCCUCUAGUGAUUUUUGAUGAUGCUGAUAUCGAUGAAGCUGUAGAAAUUGCUCAUAACGCAAUUUUUGAAAACCAUGGCCAAAACUGUUGCGCUGGUUCUAGAACCUUUGUUCAAGCUGCUAUUUAUGACGAGUUUGUCAAGAAAGCUGUUGAAAAGGCGAAGGCGCGCAAAGUCGGCGAUCCGUUUGAGGCAGGAGUUUUACAAGGUCCACAGAUAGACCAACCAUCAGUGGACAAAAUAUUACGAAUCGUUGAAGAAAGUAAGCAGCAGGGCGCUAGGCUAGAAACAGGCGGUGCCAGGAUUGGAGAUAAAGGAUUUUUCGUCCAACCUACCGUUUUCUCUGGUGUUUCCGACAAAAUGUCAUGUGCAGUUAAUGAGAUUUUUGGACCUGUGCAAACUAUUUUAAAGUUCGACACUAUUGAAGAAGUGAUAGAACGAGCUAAUAAUACCGCAUAUGGGCUAGCUGGAGGAGUAAUAACCAAAAAUAUAAACAAUGCACUUGUAUUUGCCAAUGCAGUUGAAGCUGGUUCUGUGUGGAUAAAUUGUUAUGAUUAUAUUACUGCUCAAACUCCAUUUGGUGGAGUGAAAAAAUCCGGCUUUGGAAAAGAUCUUGGAGCUGACUCUCUGGAUGAUUAUUUGGAAACCAAAACAAUAAACAUUAUGUUGCCUGUUAAAAACUAGAGCGUACAAUUUGAAAUAGAAGUGCCUAAAUAUAAAAAUAAAACUGUUCGGGCAUAAACAAUUAAGUAAAUGGAACUGGUGGUUUGCAUUACAAAUAAAUAAUAUGUACAGGGUGAUCCAAACUUGACGCCCAAGGUCUACUGCGCCAGAAUCAGAACCUACAAUUAAAUUCUAAACCUAGAGUCUCAUAUGCGAUGGUAAAACCCUAAAAAAAACUAAAUGUGGAAUGUAAUUUAAUUUGCAAAUAACAUUGGAAAAAAUUAUGUAAUAUAACGAAAAAAAGUCCGGAUUCAAAAUUAUUUGAAAUGUAAAUUGAUGAUUUCUAAAAUCGAUUUUUUCUGUGAUCUCCUUCAACUUCAAGAUAUUUUCUAAUUCUUCCUGCACAGUAACUUUUUCCAAGACCUCUCUUGAAAUGUUUCCACAUGCUGCUUAAAUUUUCUGUUUUAAGUGCUCUACGCUUGUUGGAGGAGUUUUAUAAACAAUUAUUUUAUAGCAUAAAUAAAGUAGAGGUAAGGAAAUAAAAAUCAAAGGGUGCCAAUUGUGGGGACUUUGAUGGCCAUUCUAUUGGUCCAUCAUUUCCCAUCCACCUAUCUGCAAAAUGGAUGUCUAAGUAUUCCCGUAUAAUUUGUGCCUUAUGCGGAGGAGCACCGUCCUGCUGGAACCACUUGUUGGCACGUAGCAGCAGUGAAAUAUUUUCAAGCAGAAGUAGCAAUUGUUCACGUUGAAAAUUUAAAUAACCUACGCUAUUAAGGAGUCCUUCGUAAAAGAAAGGUCCAAUUUAUAUCCCGUUUGUGUGGUUUCUUGGACGGGUUAUUUUUUCCAAUUUGAAAGCUUAUAACUCUUAAUCCGAAAUAAGCAGAGAACUUUUUUAAAUAAAAGUUUAUCGCAAUCCUAAGGGCUACCUAGGCCACUUCUGAAUUUACAAAAAAAAUUCUUUUCGCUGAAAGUGUACCGUACCUUAGUGCAUCACAUGUGAGACCCUAGGUUUAGAAUUUAAUUAUCAGUUUUCGUUUUGGCACAGUAGAAUUUAGGCGUCAAGUUUGGAUCACCCUAGCAUUAACUGUGGUUUUUGCUGAUAGUUUAAGAUGAAAAAAAACGCACCCGCAUUUUCAGUGCCAGUAAAUAAAACAUUUUUAUAUAGUGUUGAAAAAUCAAUGUUUUUUUUAGUAAACGCAAUCUAGCAAAAUAUUUUUUUGUAAUAAUAAGUUUUAAAUGUGUUGCCAUUUUCCUAAGAAAAUCUAAUUCCAUCAUUACAAAAAAAAUUAUACAGGGUGUCCGGAAGUAAAGUCGAAAUAUUUUUGACGUGUUUAUUGAAAUUACGAUAAAAAAGUACUUAUAUAUAAACAAGGACAGCCCAAAAUUACUUUUUUUAAAGGUGGAGAAACCCUUUAAAAGGAUAAAGCUCAUGUUCUUUGCCAGGCUUUCUAAACGGUUAACGCUUAAUUGGCGAAAAUCGCUAUUCUGUAGUAAGGAUAGAAAAUUUCUUUGUGUUAAAAAUUGCAAAUUUUACUCUGGGGUGACUACGUAUCUGCUUAACUUUUGUGCUCCAAUCCUGUAAUUUUAUUGCUUUAAGAUAAUGCGUUUUUAAGAAAUAUACAUUUUUAUAAACCAA